CCUCACUUCUUGCACUGAGGGAACCACCAGAAGGCCCUCGGAGCUGGACCUCAGUGUCUGAGCUGAACAAUGCUUCAGAUAUAGAGGGCCAUAAAUUAACAAAUGCUGGAAACGUUUAGGGAAUAUGAGGAGUCCCCUUUCUAAGUAUUACGGUAAAGGACUGUCUUUCCUCUGGUACACCUGCCUUUCGACAACACUCAGACGACUUGGAUCGAACUGGCUUCACCGUAUAGACGAGCCAGUAGGACCGGUUGCAUCGGAGGAGGAAGCGGAGUUAUUGCGUAAUUGUUGCUGGGGGAUAUAGAGGGAGCUCUCUCCACGCGCGCGCGCACCGGGAUCGGUCAGGAGCAGCGCUGUGCGUGCUUAUUAAUCCGGGAGGGCGCUCACUCCAGUUGAUCACUCAAGUCUACCGGACUUGAGAAGGGAUCGGGCUCGGGAGGAGCAGGAGAGCAGCAACUCUCCAAGAAGUCCCUUCUCCCUCCUGAUCUUCCAAGUAGCUGGCUUCUGCUUCCUUGCAACUUCAUUGCGGGGGAUCUGCACUCUACAGCCGCCCGGCUCGCGGUUUUUUUUUUUUCCGGCGCAGGCAGCUGGUGCAACAACCGCAAGGGCUGGAGUUUGCAAAAUCCAAAUAAUGCAGCUGCCGGGAAGCGGCGACAGCGGCUCCUCCUGCUGCUGCUGCCUCCCGCGGCGGGUCACCUGGCCGGCUUGCCGCUGCUCGGCUGCCGUGCGCCCCCGCGUCUGACUGCCGCGGGCUGCGCGCCUGGAUUACCGAACGCGGACUGGCAUGGAGAGGUCGGCCAGCGCCGGGCGGCGCGGUUGAAAAGCUCGGCUCUCUGCGUCUCCCCUAGCCGCCGAGUGCAGCUCGCUUAAUCCGAAAAGCCUCCUUCUCCCGCUUGCCAAGCCAUGGAAGAUUGCUCCGUGCCAGAUCUCCGAGACGUCGAGCUCAAGCUGGGGCGCAAAGUCCCCGAGAGCCUGGCGCGCUCCUUGCGCGGGGAGGAGCCCGCCGUCUCCCUCGCCAGGGAAAAAGAGCCCGAGCGGCCCGCCGGAGGGCCUGCCACCCCCGGCUUCUGCACCUCCCUGGGCCCCAGAGCCGCCAUGCUCCGCAGCAGGAGUUCCAGCGCCUUGGAGAGACUGGAGACCAAACUGCACCUCCUCCGGCAAGAAAUGGUGAGUAGAGUACGCAGCUCAAGCGCCCUGGUGCACCGCCGCGAAACAACAACAAAGGACAGGCAGGGAUCUAACCAUUACUCCGCACUCCUCCUUUGCGCGCCGCUCGCUGUCUGCAAGCCUUGGCUUUGCGCUUGCUGGGAGACACGAAACUGGUGCGAUUCUCGUGCAAUUCGAAGAGCCGCGCUCCUUCUCUUUGGAGCGCCCCCCUCUCUUUUCUCCGCCAAAAUAAAUGAUGUCAGAAACCAAGAGUAAAGUUAUCAGUGACAUGCGUUACAAAGUAUUGGAGCUAGGGCUGUUUAAGAUGCUGAACUCAAGCUAGGACCCGUUUUUGAGGUGUUUUCUUUUUAAGCAGUAGAAUAAAAAAGGAGAGUGCCUCUGAGCAGGUGAAGAAAGCAUUUCUCGCACCCCCUUUUUUGGAGUCAGGAGCCUACAGACCUAGAGUUAAAUAUCCAGGCUUUGUUGCUCAUAAGAUAAGCGGGGGGGGGGGGGGUCCAAUCAAGGCUGAGACUCGGCAUUCCUGUUUUUAGAACUGAAUCCCGGAGGUGUUUUAUUUUUGCCACUGUGCUGUGCUUGUGUGUGGUUGGCGUAGGCGUGAGUGGGAGAGCGUGGCUGUGCUCUCAGUGUUCAUUUGCAGCACUUAAUCCUCAUAAUAAGGCACAGCUAGUCACCUGCCCACAAAACAGCUACAGGCAAUUGCCUGUAGGCCUGGCAACUGGAUCUAAAAUGUGAGAAGUGGGUGUGAUAACUCCACAGGAAACUCCAUGUUGCAUGGCUCCACCUGCGGUCUUGCUCUGAAAAGAAUGGAAUCAAGAGUGGAGGAACAGAUCUUGUGGCCAAUCCCUAUAGGUUUAUAUGAAGAAAGAGAGAGAGGGGAGGGGGGGGUGUUCAAGUAGCAUUUGCCGAUAAUUUGUGCCUGCUACUGGAUUCCUCAAUAUUUAUGUAUUGACUCAAACAGGAUUCUGUAUACUGUAUUGAGUUUGGAUGCUGUGAAAUAUAAGAAACAGUCCUUAUGGGAAAUAAUAUACCUUGGAAGUAAGGGAUGAUGCCCAAUUGUGGGUUUGGCAUAUUUUAUAUCACUGUCAGAUGUGGUAGGGGCAGGAUAAAAAACUAUUUAUAGAGGCAGUGCAUUCCAUGAAUCAGAUUUUUCCCAACGAAGAGGCCUGCCAACACACAUUUUUGUCUUUGUUUGGAAUUCACUUGAUUCCAUCCCUUUGCCCCUGGAAAUGAACUCCACCCACCCACACCCAUUCCCCCCCUUUUUUUUUCCUGCCCCUUGCCCUGCUCUCAAGGUCUUGAUUUGGGCUUGGUCUUAAUUUUGAAUCUCUUCUCAGUACCAUGGCUAGUUCCUGGAAUAUCAUGAUGUCAUCAUAAAGAAAAAGUGCUACCGAGCACGUGCAGAGUAUACUGCUCCCUCCAUUGAACUCCUGCAGCCACAUACUUCACUCGGGACCUUACUUUUGAAGAGGAUAGAUAACUGCACUGCUGAGAACAUGCAGAAUCAGGGAUUCAUAUGUUACAUGUCGCAUGUGGGAGAUAUGUUACCCAUUUGUGCAGGAAAAAACUGACAGUGGAAAUUUCGAAAGCCUAAUGGGUUCUCAAAAAUAAGACCUCUCAAGGUGCUCACUAAGACUGAAUUUUACCCAACUCCCAUUGAAUUUAAUUUGUCUGGGCUGGUUGUGUCCAUUCAGUUCACAGGGUCUGAUGAUGAUUAUGAUGAUGAUGAUAAUAAUAAUAAUAAUAAUAAUAAUAAUAAUAAUUUAUACUCCACACAUUUGGCUGGGUUUCCCCAGCCACUCUGGGUGGCUCCCAACAGAAUAUUAAAAACACAAUAAAACAUCAAACAUUAAAAACUUCCCUAAACAGAACUUAGUAGAACUUAGAUUGGAUACAAUCCACUGUUUUCAUCAGUGCACUGGCUUCUAUGUGCAAAAAUCUGAUCCUGCUAUAAUUUAAAAGAAAAACUUUUCCCAUUUAAAUAUAUUUUUGAGGCUAGUUGUAUAUUUACUAGUAGCUAUCCAAUAGCCCACCAUACACUGUCCCUCGGUGGUCUCCAUUUAUUUAGUCAGAGCUUGCAUGGAAUUCCUGCUCAAGACCUUAGUGGGCCUGAUUUGCUACAAACUUGGAGAAACGAGAGGAAAGAGCAAUGGCCACUGAAAGGAGACCUUGGCUGAAGGGAGGCUCAGACCUUGGGCCGCUCUUCUCCAGCUCCUGCUUAAAGUGGUUAUUUGGUCAAACGAGUUGUUGGCCAAGGCUUUCAUGCAGCUUUUCCAAACCCUACAGCUGUUUUGCUGCAACUCCCAUUCUCCUUGACCGUUGGCUAAGCUGGCUGAGGCUUUGCAUUGUAGGGGCUAGAUGGACUAGAUGGUCCUUUGGGUCUCUUCCAACUCUAAUAUUCCAUGGUUUGGCAAGGCUGAUGAUAGCACCAAACAGCUGGAAGACAUCAGGAUGGCUGCCCUAUUGCAUGCGGUGGACCUUUCAACUUCAGACUCACACCGUUUUUACCUCUUCCAGGAAAGUAGGGGUACUCUUGACUGCUUAAACAUAGGAAGCUGCCUUCUCCUGAGUCUGGCCACUGGUCCACCUAGCUCAGAAUUAUGACUGGCAGAAACUCUCCAGGGUUGUCCUAGCCCUGCCUGGAAUCUCCUGGGCUUGCCAAUCAGAAGGUUGGCAAUUCAAAUCCAUGCAAAGGGGUGAGCCCCUGUUGCUCUGUCCCAGCUCCUGCCAACCUAGCAGUUCGAAAACACGCCAGUGCAAGUGCAGUGGUACCUCGGGUUAAGUACUUAAUUCAUUCUGGAGGUCCGUUCUUAACCUGAAACUGUUCUUAACCUGAAGCACCACUUUAGCUAAUGGGGCCUCCCGCUGCCACCGCACCGCUGCUGCGCAAUUUCUGUUCUCAUCCUGAGGCAAAGUUCUUAACCCGAGGUAAUAUUUCUGGGUUAGCGGAAUCUGUAACCUGAAGUGUAUGUAACCUGAGGUACCACUGCAGAUAAAUAGGUACCGCUGUGGCAGGAAGGAAUCACAGAGUUGGAAGGGACACUGAGGGUCAUCUAGUCCAACCCCAGGAGUCUUUUCACCCAACAUGGAGCUCGAACCCACAAACCUGAGAGUAAGAGUCUCAUGCACUACCAACUAAACUGUCCCUCAGCUGUGGCCCAGGUUCCCUUUCCACCCAGCGCUGGUUCUGCGCGCACUCAUUUAUUUAAUCCUUUAGCAAUCCACCAUGACCUGAAAGAGGAACAGCAGCGUGUUUGCCAGAUUGAUUCCUGACUGUAGUGGAGCCAGCAGCAAUAUUUUAUGGAUGUGGUUGAGCAAGGCCACCUCAGUUCUCCAUGGCUUCUUAUGCAGGCUACAGAAAGGAGCACCUUGAAGAUCAUGCUCAAGGCAGGUGCGUGGCUAAUGCUACUCCAGGCCAUAAUUGCAGCUGCAGUGUGGUGCCAGGAGGGCAGCAGUUGCCAAAUUGGCAGUAUUAUAAUUAAUAAUAAUAAUUAUCCACCCUUCACCAGAAGGUUGCAGGCCAGGUCACAACAAUUCAAAGUUAAUAGGAAAACAGUUUGUAACAAAUUCCAAUCACAGGAAUAGUGUGAGUCUUGAAAAUGUACCUCUCACGUGUCAAAAGAUAGGGUAAAGAGGCAUGUCAUCAGCAUAUGGCAAAAACAAUGUAAUGAAGGUACCAGGCAGACCUUUAUGGGAAGGAUGGAGUUCCACAAUUUUGGUGCUUCUGCAGAGAAUGCUGUCUUCCAGACCACCACCUGCUGAACUUCUGAGAGUGGUGGAACCAUUCUCUGCUGACCUUAACACCCCAAAGGUCUGUGCCAUUCAGCCAUAGAAAGUAGUACCCAGUCAUGUGACUCUGAAGAUGUGUGUUGCGUUGUAAGGAAUGAUGCAGUCAAAUGUGAAAGCUUCUGGUGUUUUGGCAGUUUAUCUGACAGCCCCACAGAGCUGAUGAUGGUGAUGAUGAUAAUUUUAUUUGUACCCCACCCAUCUGGCUGGGUUGCCCCAUCAACUCUGGACGGCUUCCAACAAAGAUUAAAAAUACAUUAAAAUGUUACACAUUAAAAACUUCCCUAAACAGGGCUGCCUUCAGAUGUCUUCUAAAUGCCAGGUAGUUGUUUAUCUCGUUGACAUCUGAUGGGAGGGUGUUCCACAGGGCGGGCGCCACUAUUGAGAAGGCCCUCUGCUUGGUUCCCUGUAGCUUUGCUUCUCACAGUGAGGGAACUGCCAGAACGGUGCUGGACCUCAGUGUCCGGGCUGAAUGAUGGGGGUGGAGACGCUCCUUCAGGUAUACUGGGCCAAGGCCAUUUAGGGCUUUAAAGGUCAGUGCCAACACUUUGAAUUGUGCUCGGAAACAUACUGGGAGCCAAUGUAGGUCUUUCAGGACCGGUGUUAUAUGGUCUCGGCGGCCGCUCCCGGUCACCAGUCUAGCUGCCGCAUUCUGGAUUAGUUGUAAUUUCCAGGUCACCUUCAAAGGUGCAGUAGUCCAAGCAAGAGAUAACUAGAGCAUGCACCACUCUGGUGAGGCAGUCUGCGGGCAGGUAGGGUCUCAGCCUGUGUACCAGAUGGAGCUGGUAGACAGCUGCCCUGGAUACAAUAUUGACCUGUGCCUCCAUGGACAGCUGUGAGUCCAAAAUGACUCCUAGGCUGCACACCUUGUCCUUCAGGGGCACAGUUACCCCAUUCAGGACCAGGGAGUCCUCCACACCAGCCAGCCCCCUGUCCCCCAAGAACAGAACUUCUAUCUUGUCAGGAUUCAACCUCAAUCCAUUAGCCGCCAUCCAUCCUCCAACCGCCUCCAGGCACUCACACAGGACAUUCGCUGCCUUCACUGGUUCUGAUUUGAAAAAGAGGUAGAGCUGGGUAUCAUCCGCAUAUUGAUGGACACCCAGCCCAAACCCCCUGGUGAUCUCUCCCAGUGGCUUCAUGUAGAUGUUAUUAAAAACAUGGGGGACAGGAUGGAACCCUGAGGCACCCCACAGGUGAGAGCCUAGGGGUCUGAACACUCAUUCCCCCCCCCACUUUCUAGACACGGCCCAGGAGGAAGGCGCAGAACCACUGUAUAACAGUGCCCCCAGCCCCUCCAGACGGUUCAGAAGGGUGUUAUGAUCAGUUGUAUCAAAAGCUGCUGAGAGAUCUAACAGAACUAGAAAACAGCUUUCACCUUUGUCCCUAGCCCGUCAGAGAUCAUCAACCAGCACGACCAAGGCAGUUUCAGUCCCAUGAUGAGGCCUGAAUUGGAAGGGAUCCAAAUGGUCCGCAUCCUCCAGGCACAAAAGUCACAAUAACUUUAAAAUAAACAACUUGUAUCAAAUAAGGCAAUAUUCAAUAAUCUAUUAGAAUCCAAUAGUAAACAGUAAAAUUAAACAUCAGCAAAUAAUAAUUAAACAGUUAGCACUUAUCUUUUACAAUUACUAAUCUAUAAUCAAUAAAAAUAACAGCAAAUCACAAUGCAUAAAAUACUGCAAAACGUACAAACCCAUGUAAAAGGACAAUACUGAGAAACAAGGACACACAACAUAUAUUUUUUGGACUCCUCUCUUCUCAGCUGCUUCUGCUGUUCUCAAAGUCCUGGUCUGGGAAAGGCUCCCAGGGCUGGAGGGUGGGGCAGGGCAGGUGGACAAGCCACUGCCUGAUGAGCAGAAGUUCUUCCUCUGGAGCAGAGCAUCUCUCUUAGGAGCUCACUAAACUUUAUUUACAACAGACCUGGACAGCUGCAGGUUUCACUCAUAUUCAAGCAGCCGCAGAACUGUCUGAAAAUUAACUCAGCAAUGCAUAGCCCAUGAGCUCUUUCGGCAGUAGAGGCAGGUCAAAUGAAAUGAAGUAGUCCCAGUCCAGCAGAAGCUGGAUUCAAGAAGUUGGUUUGAGGGGGACUUCCCCCCAAACCUAGUGGCCCCAUUUGUGCAUGUAGUUCUGAACUUGAGGCAUUGUUCUUAAAUUGAAGUAGAAGGCUUCAUUCAGGCAACAAUGUUUCUGUUCCUCAUACAUUGACAUGUAUGAAUUCAUUGAAGGUAUCACCUCCUUCCUCCUGUUCACUGACAUAGUUGAGGAGAACAUUGUGGUCUGUCAGUGUGUAUUAUCCAUUACAGCUAAAAAAUUGAACUUCCAUGUUCGAUGAGAGUAUAUUUUUAAACACCAGAUCCAGGUUGUGAAAAUUGGGGCACCUAUCCCUGUUCAGCUCAUAGUCUUCUUAAGUAUGUUUGGCUGGUUUCUGAAGAAGCUGGUCUCUGUGGUCUGAUCCAGCAAGGCAUUUGCAUAUUCUUAUAGCCCCUGUGAGGGCUACUGCUCUCGGAUCUCAAGAUCAGGCCAUUGUUUUGCUUAUCUACUUUGAGUUUGUUGAUAGUCAGGACUCUAAAGUCAUUGUGCUGAAAUGAGGACUCCUCACCUGGAACAAGAGAUCCAAGGUUGUUUCAGGUACACACCCUUGCUGACUAUUUCAAUCUUCCCUCUUAGAUAUCAUUGUGUUUCUCUAAAUAUGAACAUCUUUAGAGAUAACAAUCCUCCUACUGUUUAUGUAAUUCCUUUCCUGGAACGAAAAAGAGCCGUUCCUUCUCUUCCAGCUCACGUCAGCUCAACACCUCUUUGAACCUAAGAAGACAGAGGUUGAAGUGAGUUUACAGGUUGAUAUCCCAACACAGCCAAUAGUCCUGAGCAGGCCUGGUCCCUCCAAGAUUGCUUUAGGAUCUUCCCUGAAAUGUUCAGCUUUCAUGUUUAGAAAAGUCUCUGGCUUUUUAACUAGGGAAGGUAUGGGAAAUGACUGGCUGCAGCACCCUUGGGCAGCAGCUGGGACCCAAGCACAUGGACAGGGUUCACCAGACUGAUUUUGGGCAGUCUCCUCCUCCUCCCAGCCCCCUGGAUGCAGGCUUAUGAGGCAGCGGCUGGGAAUCCACCUCCCAUUUUGAUUUUCCCACAAAGCUGUGGGACAGCGGAUGUAGCCUUGCAGAAAAACUAAAAUGGCAACUAACUUCCUAGGUUUCUGGGCAUCUGAGAGAAGAAGCAGGUGGGCAGGGGACACCACUGACGGAGUCUGGACCCACUCGAGGGCACUUUGCUGGAGGACCCCUUCAGACCCUUCAGAUGUCUCUAUUUUCCGGGGACUGUCCUGUAUUUACAGAAGCCAUCCUGGUUUCUGAUUUGAUCUUGAAAUGCCCCCCUUUUCCUUGUUGUUGUUUAGUUGUUUAGUCAUGUCCGACUCUUUGUGACCCCAUGGACCAGAGCACGCCAGGCACUCCUGUCUUCCACUGCCUCCCGCAGUUUGGUCAAACUCAUGCUGGUAGCUUCGAGAACACUAUCCAACCAUCUCGUCCUCUGUUGUCACCUUCUCCUUGUGCCCUCAAUCUUUCCCAACAUCAGGGUCCCACCAGGGAGUCUUCUCUUCUCAUGAGGUGGCCAAAAUAUUGGAGCCUUAGCUUCAGGAUCUGUCCUUCCAGUGAGCACUCAGGGCUGAUUUCCUUCAGAAUGGAUAGUUUUGAUCUUCUUGCAGUCCAUGGGACUCUCAAGAGUCUCCUCCAGCACCAUAAUCCAUCUUUUCCUUAGGGAAUCCCAAUUUUUAUCAGAGAAAUGCUGGAGGGUGUGGAGUUAUGCGACCCUCGAGCCAAGCCGCCCAGAGUGACUGGGACAAUCCUGUCAGAUGGGUGGGGUAUAAAUGAUAAAAUUGCUGCUGCUGCUGUUGUUGCUAUUGAGUAACAAUAUUUUCAUCAGAGAAAUGUUGGAGGAUAUGUGGUGGAAGUGGUUGGUAGUCUGUCCGCCAUUUUGAUUUUCCCACAAAGCUGUGGGACAGUGGCUGUUGCCUUGCAGGAAAACUAAAAUGGCAGCUGACUUCCUAGGCUUGGCACCUGGGAAAGGAAACAGGUGGGCAGGGGGCUUCACUGAUGGAGUCUGAGCCCACUCCAGGACACUUUGCUGAAGGACCUUUGUUGCCCCUGUGACUUGGAACCAGCCCUGCUGUAAGACAAAGCAUGCAGGCAAUAUUACCCCCAAUUCCUCAGGACAAAGUACUAUGCCUACUGCUGUCUGGCCAAUGAGCGCAAACAUACUGGAAAUAAUACACACUUUUUAAAAAAGUUAUAAAAUUAAUUUGUAUGUUAUUAAUAUUCAAUGUAAUAAUGUUUAUACGUUCUGGCUGUUCUGCAAUGAUCUCCCAACCCCUUAGGCUCAUUCAUAACAACAUUUCCACUGACAGGUGUGUCCCCAGAAGACUUGACGAUGCAAAUGGGCCAGGUUACUCAACUACCCUAAUCCUUCCCAGUUUAAUGUCAACAGUAGUAGUUUAGGGAGACAAACAGGUUUGUGGCUGCUUCCCAAUCCGUAAUUGCUGCUGUGAGGAAUUGCAAAACAUUUCGUACUUGUCCAAAGCCUUGCAGAACAUUUCCUUUGCUACAGUGGUAAUGCAUAGUCUUCAUUAAAACUCUUAAGGUUGUUUUCAGAAUAAAUAAAUAAAAUAAUCCCAUGUCCAAACCAUGCCCAAAACAGUAAUAGCUCCUAAAUAUAUUAGGCCAAAUUGCAUAUAUUAGUUCGCCUCAGUUGCAUUCAGAAUAUGCACCGACUUAUUCCAAGCCUUUUAUCAGCAAUCUCAUGUUAGCAUUUUAAUAUUGCAUACCGUGCUUGUAGUAAUUAGUAUUACUUUUCUUGGCUAAUUUUUUGCAAGGGCCUCUGGGUAGAACAAUUUAAUACACGUAAUGUCUAGCAAGAAAAUGUACAUUCGCAAAGCACAUUAACAGAACAACCGAGUAAGCACAAAUUUCAAGAGCAGAGGAGGGAGUAGGCUGCAAUAUUCUUAGAGCUAUUUCUUACCAUGAUCUGAACAUGUUUGUUUUCCAUUGGCCCUUAUGAAAGAUAUAAAGAGUGUUGGACUAGGAGACCAAGAUUUGAAUCUCCACUCACCCACGAGGCUCACUCGGUAACCUUGAGCCAGUCACUGUCUCUCAGCCUAACCUACCUCACAGGCUUGUUGUUAGGGUAGAGUGGGGAGGAGGAUACGAUACGAUACAAUACAAUACAAUACAAUAAUCUUUAUUGUCGUUGUCCCAUACAGAACAAUGAAAUUGAAAAAAUCUACAUCAGACAUUCAAAAACCAACAAGCCUAUCCCAGCUAGCCCAGCCUUGUCAACCUCCUAAAAACUCUGAUACCUUACACUGCGUUUAAAACCAAAAUCACAUUUGGAUAGAAACUGUUUCUCAGGCGGCUAGUUCUAUUCUUUAUAACCCUGUACCUUCUUCCAGAAGGCCGAAGCUGAAAGAGAUAACCAUGUACACCACCUUGAAGGGGAAAAAAUAUGGCAUAUAAAUAUAAGAAAUAAUACAUAACAUAACAUAAGAAAGGUGUGGUAAAGCUAGAAACAUGUGCACGCAAUAGAUUUUUUUUCUGCUAGGAAGAUUAUGAUGCUUUAUGUUACACAUAUGGUGUCUGUGGCCCACCAAGCCUCAGGGACUGUUACUAGCAGCAAAAGAACAGCAUUGGGGCUUUAAUAUGCCUCCCCCAGCACUCCCAGUGCAGCCAGGUUCACUGUCCCUUUGCUGCUAACAGCAAUAUGGGGAUAUAGAAUCAUAGAAUUGUUGAGUUGGAAGGUACCAUGAAGGUCAUCUAGUUCAUGGCAGGAACAUGGGGCUCGAACCCAUGACCCUAAAGAGGCUCAUACUCUAUGGACCAAGCUCCAUUCAGGCUGCACCAGGUCUUAAUGGAGAGCAGAGGCUUUGACCUUGCGCCCCCAACAAACCCCAUUUCUGACCUCAGGCAAGCAGCAUGGUACUUCGGAAUUGCCGGGAAGGGAGGUUAAACAUGGUUUGUGCGGGAGAGAAGAGGGCAGGGGAGAAAGAGAUAUGGGGAGGUUGCAUCUGUGUGAAGGUUGUGCGUCAGUAUGAUUGCGAGGGAGCAAGGCGUUUAGGAUGUCUGUGUGAGGGAGGCUGGGGGAGGAUGGGUAUUGGGGAUGAGGAAUGAAUACGUUGCCUGAGUGAGAUUGUGCAAGUGAAUGUGUGUGAGAGAGAGUAUGCAUGUGUAUAAGUGUGAGGGGAAGCAAGCGGGACCCCAGACCUGGCCCUGUCCACUCCCAGGUCCUGGCAUAUGGCCCCUGACUGACCACCCACUGCUUUAUGCGGCCCACCUCGACUUUACAUUGGAUUAACUAUUUCUACAGCCAUUUCUAAAGGAAGUUAGAUCAGCCUCCCUUAACCAGUAAUGCUCCCACGGAGGAACAUCUUGCCAAGAAAAUUAUAGAUCCAGUACCCUUAGGAUUCAGAGGGUUGGAGGGCAGGGAGAACAACCCUAUUUCCUGGAGAGGUUAUUACUGACAAACAAAAGCUUUGUGUGAAAUGGCCCCUGGUAUCUCCAAUUAGAACAGCGUUGUUGUUUUUUCCAACUGUGGGACCAUGUUGCCAUUUGGGCAAACAUGCUGAGAGUGGCUAGGGAAACUUAGUCAGGUGGGUGGGGUAUCAAUAAUAAAAUUGCUGUUGUGGUUGUUGAAUAGGACAUCCCUAUUUUCAUCAGAGAAAUAUUGGAGGGCGUGAGCUUAUUGGCCAGGUGUGUGUUCCUUGGGAUAUUCAGUUGGGAAUAUCCCUCCAACCAUCAUGCUGUGUUCUGUACGCUCCUGCUAACAUUUGUGCCUAUAAGUAUCUAUUUUUACAUCUUAAUUUAGCAGUUUGUCAUGACCCAACCCUCUCUGAUCACAAGUCCACAGUGCAAGGCUCUAAACCAAUUGGAUUAAGAGGGAUCAGCAGCUCGAAAUCCUCACUCACCUGUCCAAAUUCAGGCACACGGAAAAGUUACCCCACUCAUAACACAUAUGGUAUAUAUUGUAUGUGCCGUGACUCCAAAGAAUGAGCAAUGUUACCGGCCCGGGGGGGGGGGGGGUUGCUAGGGAGAAUUUCAUGUCAAGGCAGGCAUGGAUAAUGUGCAGAUUUAAAGUCUAUCCCCUGGAUGUUUAUAUGACUCAGCCACAAUUCAGCCUUCUUGCUUGAGACAGAUGUCUAGAACACAUAAUAAUGAAUUGAUCGUGUGCCAUCUGUUCCAAAAUUUUCUGACACCAGCAGCCGCUCCUUAUCUCUGGGCACUGACCUAAAUGUUUACACUUGUAUUACUGUGUCUGACAACAUCGGUAAGUUUGUACUAGGGAUUUUCUAAGCACAUUUCUUGCUCCCCUACGAGGAGAAAUGUGUGCCGCAUAAAAUGUAGCCUUCCCUUGCCCUAGUCUUAUUAUUAAACAACUGCAGUGUCAACGGCACUAAUUCAGGAUAGCUUUGAAGAUCUCCAGUUCACCUGACUUCAUUCAUCCCUGUUUCCCAAGGACAUGAAAGGGGGAAAGGAAACAUUUGAGUUUCAAUAGCUGUCUUUUCAUGCUGCCGAUCUUUCUGGUGCCAUAUGCUAGACAUCUGUCUUUUAUUACAAUCAGUCCAGGCUCGUUCAGGGAUAGAUGCAAUGAAUUAGACCCCUGUUUAUACUAGUUUUCAUGUGUAACUAACCUCUCCUACAGAUCUAAAUAACCCUCGGAUGCAACCUUGACGUUACACAUGGGCUCUUAAAUCCGUGGAUUUUGUUAGGCUAUAAGGGCUGCUCAAGUCCACACUUCACACAGGUAGCGUUUCCAGUCCUAGGCAAAUUGUGACUUCAAGUGCCUGGCAUCUUUGCAACUGCAAUAAUAAAAAGUACAGGUUGUUGUUGUUGUUUUUUAAGGGAGCAAUUUUUCUGGGUCCAGAGUCCUUCCACCCUGCCUCCCCAGACAUGAACAAACUAAUUAAAUUUAAAAUGAGGAAUGCUACAGCUACAAGUUAACAGGACGGAACUAAUUAUCCAAGUAGUUAAGGGUCACUAUCCUUGAAAGGCUCCCAGUAGCCAGGCUACACCGGACAGGUUGGCACUGCAAUUGUGUUUCAAGACCAUUUUAAAAUAGGGAAUGGGCAAAGCCAAUGUAAAGAUUACUCAUGCUUCGGUGGGGUGUGUGGAUGGGGGUACUGGGUCUAGAUCUGUUUUUCAAGAUUCAGGGCAGCAGUGUGACAUGUAACAGCAUGUUUCUUAACUCUUAUGCUUGAAACCAUUCCUUUGCGUGCUUUUCUAAGACAAAGGUAAAGGACCGCUGGAUGGUUAAGUCCAGUCAAAGGCGACUAUGGGGUUGUGGUGCUCAUCUCGCUUUCAGGCUGAGGAAGCUGGCGUUUGUCCACAGACAGCUUUCCAGGUCAUGUGGCCAGCAUAACUAAACUGCUUCUGGCACAACAGAACACCGUGAUGGAAACCAGAGCACAUGGAAACAGCAUUUACCUUCCUGCCACAGUGGUACCUAUUUAUUUACUUGCACUGGCAUGCUUUUGAACUGCUAGGUUGGCAGGAGCUGGGACAGAGCAAUGGGAGCUCACCCCGUCAUGUGGAUUUGUGAACUGCUGACCUUCUGAUCACCAAGAAGAAGAGGAGUUUGGACUUGAUAUCCCGACUUUCACUCCCUUUAAGGAGUCUCAAAGUGGCUAACAAUCUCCUUUCUCUUCUUCCCUGACAACAAACACUCUGUGAGGUGAGUGAGGCUGAGAGACUUCAGAGAAGUGUGACUAGCCCAAGGUCACCCAGCAGCUGCAUGUGGAAGAGCGAGAAAGUGAACCUGGUUCAUCAGAUUACAAGUCCACCGCUCUUAACCACUACACCACACUGGGUAUCCAAGAGGCUCAGUGGUUUAGACCACAGUGCUACCCACAUCCCUUUUGCGUCCUUUUCUACUCCGAUGUAGACACUGCAUUGUUUUAGGCAUCUGGUGAAACUUUUUUUACAAUUCUAGCAAACCUACCCAGAAAUAUAAUGUCGGUAUCAGUGUUAAGCUUUCAAAGUUUUCUUGCUUUUUUUUGCUGCAUUUUAUUGAGUAUAAUUGAUCGAUCGAUCAUCUUAUUUGUAUGCCACCUUUUCAUAGUUCCGAUGAUGCUCAAGGCAGCUUACCACAUAAAAAAAAUUACCCAACUGCAAACAGGGCUAAAGUCGUCAUAAACAAUAAACAAAACAAAACAAACUGAACAAUUUCCACAUAUUAACAGCAGCAACUGCACUACACAAGAAAAAAAGACCCAAGCAACACUGUUGUUGUUUAAAAGUUGAUUUUAGAGGUGUUUUUAUCUAUAUUUUUUACUAUGUACACCACUUAGCAUGUUUUAUAAUUAAGCGGUCUAUGAAUCUUUUCAAAGAUAAAAAAAAAAAUGUGCCAGCAAAUGUAAUUCAUAGAAGAGAAAGGAGAUAAGAUGCACUCUUAUAGCAUCAGCCUGGAAAGUGCUGUCAUUGCUGCAAAACUACUUCUUUCAGAGCUCUUAGACUGGCAAAGUAGGGUUGCCAGCCAUGCUGUCUUGGCCUGAAGCAAAAUGAGGUCCGCAGCCCAUAGUCAAAUUUGACUGCACUUAACCAUCAAGGGGACCUUUAGCUUUUUUCCUUUCAAAAAACCUUUUACAGUGGUAACUUGGUUCUCAAACACCUUGGUACUCAAACGUCUUGGUUCUCAAAUCCCAAAAACCCAGAAGUAAGUGUUCCAGUUUUCGAACAUUUUUCAGAAGCCAAACAUCCGAUGCGGCUGUCAGCUAUUAUUUCCAGGGUACUGCACCAAUCAGAAGCUGCGCUUUCCGGAACGGAUUAAGUUUGGUGCUUUUGUUUUUGCUGUUCUCCUCCUCCUCCUAGUUUUAGCUACAGCCUUCUGGAACAGAUUAAUCCAUUUUGCAUUACUUUCUAUGGGAAAGCACGCCUUGGUUUUGGAAUGGACUUCCGGAACGGAUUAAGUUUGAAAACCAAGGUACCACUUUACAUGAUUGUGACUUUACACUUGAGUAAGUUCCAGUUGGAUAGCAUUUUGCUGCACAGAUGUUUAGGAUCAGGGAAAAAGGCUUGGUUAAUUGAUAAAGAUGAUUGAAGCCAAACUUCAUUAACCAUUUUUUAUAUAACCAAGGCUGAAAUGUAUUUAAUGAAUAUAAUUUCAUUGGUAUCAUGUAGAUGUAUGCCACUGUGCCAGCAGAAAUGCAAAACAUUAUUAAUCUCUUUGCAAAUGUAAAUCAUUAGCUAAUCCAAAAGUGAAUGGCCUAUAACUUUUAAGUUCUCAGUCCCUGCCUUUAAAAUAGGUGAUGAAUAUCUUGCAAGUGAAUUUUCACCCUAUGACAGCACUUAUUCUGAUUGCAAAACAUAGGUUUUUAUGAGCUAUUUAUGCUAUUAUUAUUAUUAUUUAUUAAUAUUAAAGUUGGCAGAUGUUUGGAUGGGUGCCAUCUUCAGGUGUUGUGCUUCCUUGCUGUAGCUUAAAGUUAGGAAUGGACAGAUAACUCUACUUCCAUUUUAUGUCACUUCUAUCCUAUAGUGGACUAUGACACCCAUCAGUCCUGGAGACACAUCCAAUGACUAGGGAUGGUGGGAGUUGGAGUUCAACAACAUCUGGGGGACCAAAGAUUCCCAAUACCUACACCAAGAAGGUCAAAGGCUGUGACAGAAACUGUAACAACUGCUCUUUUUAAAGAAGCAGUUGCUUCAACACCUAGUACUCCAAGGAAGAUGUCAGGUUACUUGAUUGGAUGGGGAAAUCCAUGAGUAGCAUUGUCCUACCCAUUCAUUUUUGUGUAAUUUAGUAUGCCUUCAGCUGUAAUUCCUCUUACUAUAUGGAAAAGGAGUCAAAAUGAGGCUCAGAAGCCAUCAUUACGAGUUUCUAUGAAGUUUGCAUCGUAUAAUUUAAUUGGAAUGUUUGGGGGGACUAAAUAGGUUAAGAUUGCAGUGAUUCGGGCCCCAAUCACACCUAUCUGAGUUCAGGUCUAUUAACAAAAUGGCUCCAACACUGGUCCACAGCUGUGAAAACGUUGGGCUUAUGUUUCAGUCCUUGCUGUGAAUGGCGGCAUUCAGUCUGUCCAGCUACAAGCGAGUUCACGCUGCACGUAGCCAUAGAAAUUAGAUGUGCUGCUGACUGCACAAUACCCUUGUAUUUCCUUUCAAAGGCCUUCAGGAUGGGGUGGGCUGUAAAUCUCACUAAUUAAUAUAAACAAAUACAUUAAAAAGGUUGUACUCAAACCUUCAAGCCAUGCUUAAAUCAGGCCUCUCUCCUCUGAACCCUGGAGCUGGAUUCCAGAAUAAGGAAGGGGAUUAAGUCCUUUCCUCAUCCCAGUCUCUGUAUAAAGCACUGCUGUCUUUCAGUCUUCUCCAGAGCUUCUCCCAGUGACCUUGUCUUGAUGUCCACACUGCAGCUUCCACCUUCUUCUGUCAGUGCUUUUCAGAGCUCUAGGGUGAUUGCUGCUUCAUACUUUUCAAAGAUGGGAAGUAGUACAACAACAACAACCACUCUAGGCAUCUGCCUCAUUGAUGAAAAAAGUUUGUACCCUUCCUUUCAAUGGAAAGAUCCUCAUGGUAGCUUAGAACCAGGCAGUUGUUAGUCUCCUGGUUGAUUAUUGGGGUCAGAAUGGCCUUCCCCUUGCCCUGAUGUCCUUUCAGAGAAACUGGGGGUGUUGAUGACGUGAGCCAAGGGGAACUUUCCUUCAGGUGUGCAGUCCAAAUGUAACUCAUUAUAUGGCAAACCAGGAACAUUGCAAGUAAAAGAAGAUUAAGGCUUGCAUUGCUGUCACCCACUUACCUGGGGGUAUUGAAACCAAUGGAACUUACUUCUGAGUAUACAUCUGUAGGAUUGUGCUGUACAUAGAGAAAUACAUGGCAUCAUAGAAGGAGGCAAAUGUACAAGAGGCCUUGGGAAUCAUACUGUGACUUUCAAAGACAGAGAGCAGGAAUUGGUGGGGAAAAAUACUAGCCCUUCUUGAAGCUGAGAUCAUAGGAAUGAGGUAGACCAAAUGGAGUCUUAGACCCUAGCAUGCCCAUCUGAUGGUGAAAUCAUCUGUGGCAUGAUGCAGGCAUAUAGCAGAGUCUUCAGCACACCUGCCUUCCUUAGUCAUCUGUCAUAUGAACGGCAGAUACCCACAUACAUGACUACAUGUGGCUGACAGUGUUGAAUAGGGUUAAAAAAAUGUAGUCUAUCCAUUGAGGCAGCUGACUAUACUUCUGGUUCACACAUUAGUUUGAAAGUGAAGGGAAAGAAGCUAUCAUCAACUCGGCCUAAGUCUCAGUGUUGAGCUUUGACUUUCGUUGAUUCCAUAUGCUAGGAUGCUCAGCCCCAAUCCAUGAUAAAUUAAUGCCACUGCAGAUGUGAAGGAGCUUCAUAGACCUCUUUCAAUAAGCAAAAAGAAAUGCUAAUGGGGCAACACAUGAAACCAUUCCUUAAAAAACAGUUUGCUCCUCAAAUGGGUGUUUUGCAUGUGCAGAACCUUCCCAUUCAUUUGAGGCAGCUGUACCAAUAAUUGCCAUACCGUGCCAAGAUCUAAGUACCAGAGGAAUAGUCUUAUUGUUCUGUGUAUGAUCAUCUACUCCACUUUUAUGCAGCUCCACUGAUUCGAAUUGAAGCACCCUGAUACAGAUCUAAUUCAGCGAAGCCAUAAUCAAUAUGUAUCAAUUGGUAAUAGUAGUAUUUUAGGGUUGACUUGCAUGCCCUUGUUUCCACCACUGGUUAAACCUUUGCAGCCACCUAUGUUGAAGCCAAUAUCCUGGUUGGUCCCAGCACCCAUUUGGCUUCCCUUUCAAUUAGCCAUCCUAUGUAAUUAUAGGUUAUAGUUCUAACAUGCUUGCUCAUCACUUGGCCAUCAAAUGUGUACACUAUCGUCAUUGAACUCAUCACAUGUUCCGCAAGCCUUAUUGGGAACAAAACAAGGAAAUACAUGUGUGACAGGGUUCUGUAUGGCUUUCCUGCAAAUCUUAGAUGCUGCACCCCAGAAUGCACCAUUCUCCAGAAUACAUAGAGCUACCACUGAAAAUGAUACUCAGCAUCUUAAUGCACUUGUAGUUAAUCCAGAUUUCACAAAGUUGUUGCUUCAUUGUUUAGAUUGUCAUAGUCCAUGGGCAGGCAAACUAAGGCCCAGGGGCUGGAUCCAGCCCAAUCGCCUUCUAAAUCCAGCCUGCAGAUGGUCUGGGAAUCAGCAUGUUUUUACAUGAGUAGAAUGUGUCCUUUUAUGUAAAAUGCAUCUCUGGGUUAUUUGUGGGGCAUAGGAAUUUGUUCAUCCCCCCCCCCAAAAAAUACAUAUAAUCCGGCCCCCCACAAGGUCUGAGGGACAGUGGACCGGCCCCCUGCUGAAAAGGUUUGCUGACCCCUGUUAAUAGUCAGUCCCUACAGUCCCUUGCAAUAUGAGAAAAAGAAGUGAUGGUCCACACUGCAGAAAAUCAGCCAAUAAUGAGAGAAGUGUUUAUACAACGAAUAGCAAGCAUUAAAAAAAAACAAAAAAACUAAAACAGCAGAGGUAUAGCUUGUGGUUAUUGCUCACAUCCUACAUGUGUGCAUGUGAGUGUGUUUUAAGGUGUGGAAAAUUUAUUCUAUAUUCCACACAAAACAGGUCCAACCUAGCUAUAAAAAUAAAAUUGGAACUCUGCAUGUGUGCUGUCAGAAAUAUUUUCCAUAUAGAUAAGAGAAGAAAUGAAAAACAUAAUAAAAUAAAACAUAAUAAUAGGAAAAUAAAGCACUGAUGGACAAACAAUAUGAAUGGAAAACAGUAAUAAAACACGGCAUGAGCCAGCCAAAAUUAAAAACAUUUCAGUUUCUUUGAGUUUAUUGAAGCAUGUGCCUAAAUCUCUCCAAGUGAAAUCAUCAGGACUUAGAAGUCCUGAAUAGUUUGUGCCUAUCGUUCAAAUGCAGUCUUUGAACGUAACAUUGCUUAUGUUUUGCAGGGUUCUGUAGACUUGGGAAGUGGAGGGGAAACUUGUAGGGUGACAAGGAAGUAGCCGCCUGAUAAAGUGGAUUGUAACUCAAGUUUGCCUUUUGGUUUCCACCAUUGCUUGGGUGUGCUGGUUUGAGGCAUCCGAUAUUUCAUGCCAUUUUGUGAAAUUGACCCUGGCAGCUCCAUAUUAGCAAUCCAAGCCAUCUUAGGCAUGUUGGCACGAAUAGGUAAAAUCAGUGCUAUUUUUUCUAGAAAAAGAGACUCUGGAGCUCACCGUGAACCCUUGUUCUCUUAGAAUGGCAACGGUGCCCACCUGAGAGUUACUGGAGUUGAGCUCCUGUGAGCUACAGUCGAAGGGGGAAAAAACCCUGGAUAAAAUAUUAAAAUGAUACCUCUGCUACAGCAGAAUUGUCCUGUGUGUGUCGGGACUAAGGACAGCCUUCUUCAACCCUUCUACUCCCACAGAAACACUUGCCUGCUGAAACCUUGAGCUUCAGUCUUUUUUCCACACCUGUAAACAAGACCGAUUCACUGGUGCUUAGCCGCUCAGCAGAAGGCUGCUAGGAAAUGCUCCCUGCCAGGGGUACCAACUUGAAGAAAAUAUUGAAUAUCUUGUUUUGUUAGUGUUAAAGAUAUAGAAAGGCAUUUUAAAGGUAAAGGUAAAGGGACCCCUGACCAUUAGGUCCAGUCGUGGCCAACUCUGGGGUUGCGGUGCUCAUCUCACUCUAUUGGCCGAGGGAGCCAGUAUACAGCUUUCGGGUCAUGUGGCCAGCAUGACUAAGCCGCUUCUGACGAACCAGAGCAGCGUACGGAAACACCGUUUACCUUCUCACCAGAGUGGUACCUAUUUAUCUACUUGCACUUUGACGUGCUUUCAAACUGCUAGGUUGGCAGGAGCAGAGACCGAGCAACGGGAGCUCACCCCGUUGCGGGGAUUCAAACCGCCGACCUUCUGAUUGGGCAAGUCCUAGGCUCUAUGGUUUAACCCACAGCGCCACCCGCGUCAUUUUACUGUAUAUCAAAUUUAUAGAAUCACAGUCAAGAAUCACAUAGUUCCAUCCUUAUUUCAGACAUUGUUACAUAUUCAUAUAUCACCAUGUUUAGCUGGUGAUAUUGCCCAGCCCUACUUCAGACCAUGUAUGAGGCUUUCCCUCAGUGCUGCUAAUCAUAGAAAUGGACACAAAGUUGGUGUGGAGAGGACUGAGAACAGGAUGCUGAAUGAGAUGGGCCGUUGGCUUGAUCAGUAGGCUUUUCUUGUGCUUUUAUAACAUUGAAAAGAUACAUCAGUUCCUAAUUGCCUAGCCAUACCAUGGCUGCUGUUAUUGUAGUAGUUACCCUUUGAGAAACUAGGCUCCAAUCCCAUGCCCCCUUACUUGGAAGUAAGCCCUGUUGACCUCAGUAGGGUUGUCUUUUGAAUAAGUAAGUAUUGGAAUGCACUGUACUCAUGUUGCUCCCAAGCUAUUAUUACAAAUGGGAGGAAAUUUGCUAAUGUGAUAAUGAUCACCCUUUAGGCUUGGGUGCCUCUCUCUCUCUCUCUCUCUUUUACAUGUAUUACUGAUUGCACAUGCAAGACUGUUUAGGCAAGAUGGGUAGAGAUAGGCGAGUCUUUAAUCACGAUAGCAUUGCAUUUCUAACAUAAUGAUAGGUUGGAAGUACAAUUAGAGCUACAUUUGACAACACUCUGGAAUCCACCAUCCAGCUAAGUGCUUGUGAUGUUGCCCUGUUGGCAGUUUAAAAUUCAUUUUCCAUAGAGGAGGGUUCGAAGGCAAUUAAAAAUGACACUUAAAAAAAACCACAAAUGAUAUUUGUGAUAUGCUUGAAAGAUCUGUGUUUCUGCAUUCUAAGAUUUCCAGUCCUACGUGGCAAGGAAACAGGGGGGAAAGCAUCUAGAAACAUAACUGUAGCUCCUCUUUCUGCCACCGUCUCCCAAACAAGACUUCAGGAUUCAGUUGCCCAGUUUAAUGAAAUAAUGGUAACAAGUAAGGUAGAAGAAGGAAAUUCUGGAGGUUUCUCCCUCAAAGGCAUUUCCACCAGUGUCCCACAUCCCAAUUCCUUGCUUUCUCGCUCAUCCUACUGCACCAGUCACACUGCUGGUCUAUACCACUGAGCCUCUCGGGGUUGCUGAUCAGAAGGUCUGCAGUUCAAAUCCCUGUGAUGGGGGUGAGCUCCCAUUGCUCUGUCCCAACUCCUGCCAACCUAGUGGUUUGAAAGCAUGCCAGUGCAAGUAGAUAAAUCGGUACCACGGCUGCGGGAAGGUAAAUGGUGUUUCUGUGCUCUCUGGUUUCCAUCACGGUGUAACGUUGAGCCAGAAGUGGUUUAGUCAUGCUGGCCACAUGACCUGGAAAGCUGUCUGCAGACAAACACUGGCUCCCUUGGCCUGAAAGUGAGAUGACUGCCACAACCCCAUAGUCAUCUUUGACUGGACUUCACCAUCCAGGGGUCCUUUUCCUUUACCUUACCAGUCACAGUACCUACAGGGAUGGGGAACGUUUUUCAGCCUGAGGACUGUGUUCCCAGCUGUGCAAUUUUUUUGUGGGCCAUGUACCAACAGUGGCCGGACCCAGAGGCAAACAUGGGCAAAACUGCAUAGAAAUGUCACCUUUCUGCAGUAGGCUGGUUUCUAUAUACCCCUCCCUGUCUUCCCACUAGGCGAGCACAUUCCAUCCAUGCAAGUCCAUUUUGGGGUGUGACCUGUAGAAGGUGUGGUUGGAGAAGGUGCUUGGCCAACCAAGUGUCCAGAGGUCAGAUGGAAAGACCUGGAAGGGACCACAAUGGGUCCCCAAGCAUGAGGUUCAAUCUUCACCCCUGCUUUUCUGACUGACUAGAUCCAGGAAGGACUUGCAGGGCGAAUGAAGGAAGUUGUAGGGUGGAACUAGGUUCCUUAGAAAGGCGGGUUGGUGAUGCAGAGGACAAAGGUGGGGCAGGGAAAAUGAGGGAGGAACAGUCAUGGAAGGUUCAUGAAACGUGAGAGGAAUAUAAGGGGAGGAAGGAGCGCAACAGAUGUGGGAAUUGUGGAGGAACAGCAAUAAUGCACCAGUUGUUUGGCCAGCAGUCAGGAACCUUUGAUCCAAACCACCAGAACAAUAAUUUUUAAAAGAAGGCAGUGUGUAAUUCAGGAUAUUUUGACAGACUUGAGAUUUUAAAAGAAUCUAUGGAAAGAAUUAUAUGAAAAAGGAAAAAAAGGAGGAGGCUUGCCAAAGCAAGAUAAAGAGCUCACUUCCUCAGAGUCUGGAAUGUUUUUUUCCUCCUCCAGUUCAUUGUGAGUGAACAAUGCAGAUGUUAUAUUCAUAUAUAGAAAAACAGAAGGCUUAAGAGAAUAGUAUAAAAGACUACAUCACACAAUAAUUUGUAUUCAUUUUUUAUAUAAAAACCUUGUUGACUGAAAUCGUUUUGACUAUCAACAUGUAUUGUGUACCAUUAUACUAUGCCACAAAAUAUUGUUUGCGUGUGUUUGUGCAUGUAUCUGAAUCACAGCAUAUCUAGUGCAUAUCUUUUAUUCUUAAAUACUCAUUUUAAGAUUAGUGUUCUUACUCAAAAUGAGUCAACAGUGUGAUGUAGCAGCAGCAGCAGCAGCAGCAGCAGCAGCAAAAAAUCUAAUGCUGUUCUAGGCUGCAUCAACAGAAGUCUAGUGUCCUGUUCACAGAAAGUUAUAUUUAGGCUUGCCGUACGUCAGGAAAAUUCCUGACGUGUCCUGGUUUUCAGGUGUGCAAAUGGCAUCAGGGGGGAAUGUUGCCAAAUUGGCCAGAUGUCAGGGAAAACUCGGAUGUAUGACAACGCGAUGGGGGGUGGGGAAGCUCCAAAAGCUUAAAGUUACUAUUUGGGGGGGGGAGGUUUCCUCCAAAAAGCUCAACAACCCUAGUUAUAUUCCCACUUAUGAGGAACGGUUGAGGGAGUUGGGGAUGUUUAGCCUGGUAAAGAGGAGACUGAGAGGAGAUAGCCAUAUCUCAAGGGCUGUCACAUGUAAGAUGGAGCAAGCUUGUUUUUUCCUGCUCUGGAAGGGAGGACUCGAACCAAUGGGUUGAACGUUAAUGCAUUACUAAGAAAAGCCUGUGCUGAGUUUUUACAGCUCAGAGUUUUCCGUAGAUGAGUAGAUUGAUCUGAAUCCAGUGUGCUGAUGAGUUGUUCUUCUGCACGCAGGUUGAUCUCCGAGCCACAGAUGUCAAACUAAUGCGGCAGCUACUGAUCAUCAAUGAAAGCAUCGAAUCAAUCAAGUGGUUGAUUGAAGAAAAAGGAACAAUCACCAGCAGGGGCAGCAGUUUGAGUGGCAGUCUCUGCAGCUUGCUAGAGAGUCAGGAGACAUCACUGAGAGGCAGCUACAACAGUUUGCAAGACGGCAGUGAUGGGCUGGAUGGAAUCUCCGUGGGGAGCUACCUGGACACUUUGGCGGACGAUGUCCCUGGCCAACGUACUCCUUCAGACAUGGACCAGUUCAGUGACUCUUCUCUUAUAGACGACUCACAGUCCCUCCAUAAACAUACCAAGAUUGAGUCUGACGAGUACUACUGUUUUGGUUGAUGAAAGGGGAACUUUAGGAGGGACACAUGUGCACUUGUAUUUAUGAUUCUUCUAUGCUGCUAUUUGUUUUAAGCAUUUUGAAAGCACCUUUUAAAAAUACGAUCUAUUUUAAACCUGCUUUAGUCUCUCUGCGGUUGCUCCUAGAUUUUGUUUUCCUCUCCUGGGUGGUUUUCCUCCUCUCUCUCUCUCUCUCUCUCUCUCUCUCUCUUUGUCAUCUUAAUUUAUUGCUGUGAUUUCUUUCUUUCUUUCUUCUCUUUUAUAAUAUAACUUUUGACCAU